CCGUGAUCUCGGUGAAUUCUCGGGCUUUCCCCCCGUCAUUUGACCAUUCGCAGCUUGCUCCGAUCUUGAAGGUUAGGGUAUAAUUUGGCGAUAGCACGCGCAUCGUAGCGGCGCGAUGGACGCAUCGCUGAUCGCACGGAUGGCCAACAGGUGGAAUGCGAAUGGUUCCGCGACGUUCAGCGACGUCCAUGACGCCGUUGACAGGACGCCGCGGCGCGUCUCUAUCGACUUCUCACGUCGUAUCUGCGAGAGAUAAGAAAAUGUGUCACUGCGACGUUAUCGGGUCAUAGUGACUGUUCGAUACGCAAGAUCUAAUGUCACGAGCGCAGGUGCAUGUGGGUGGUCGUAUUCAUGGUCUGUCUCAUUGAACAAAGUAACUUCAGAUAUUUUGCCGGACGGAGCGAGUCACUCUUCACAGCCUUCUGCUCGUACAAGCGUGCGAACUACCUAACGCACGAUUCACGAUUGACGUCUCAGUGACCUCAGUGUUUGGUUUGUCAGAGGUUUCAAAUUGAUAAGGAUGCCAACUAAUCGGGAAGGCGAGACUGCAGUGACCAUCCCACUGCAGUAUAAUGAAGCUCAUUGGAAAGCUAUUUUUGAGAAAUACGAUCUUGACGGAGAUGGAAAAAUAUCACUACAAGAGUUAAAAGCAAUGAUACGAGGUCCAGAUUUUUCUAAAGACAUCCCUGCUGGGGUAGUCCGCACGAUAAUGCAUAAAGCAGACCUGGACGAUUCCGGUUAUUUAGAAUACCCAGAGUUCAUAGCAAUGAUCCAUAGAAAGGACAUGCAGGGUAUAUUCGGACACAUUGUGCAACGAUAUGUGCAGUGCGUAAUACCUCAACGACCAUGCCGCACAUUAAGGCAAACUUCCGUGGGCUCGAGGUAUUAUCCCCAGCGACAAUUCAGUAUUGUAAUGCAAGCACCACCUUCUCCUCCUCCUUCCAGCCGGAGCGAGAGCCGGAGCUUUAGUGUUCCCCCGAGUAGUAAAAGAGUUGCACGUUCUGCACGUUUUAAUGGUUUACAGCAACAAACAAGUACAAUAACGGAAUCUUCUCUGUACUCUAGCGACUAUCCAGAUGGGCAGUACGAAGAAGAGUACAGUUGUCGACCACCGGCUAUAGCAAUGAUAAUCAUAUCGAUAAUAGAAAUCAUUUUGUUCAUGUAUGAUGUGAUUAAGCACAAAUCUCUUUCUGUAGAAGGACCAGCAGCUACUUUAUUUAUUUAUAAUCCGCACAAGAGGUACCAAGCCUGGCGGUAUCUAACAUAUAUGUUUGUACACGUCGGAGUCUUCCACUUGGUCGUUAAUCUCCUGGUACAAAUUAUGUUGGGUGUUCCACUGGAAAUGGUUCAUAAAUGGUGGAGAGUAUUGCUAAUAUACAUAGCUGGAGUACUGGCCGGUUCCCUUGGUACAUCCGUUUCAGAUCCAACAGUUUACCUGGCUGGUGCCUCGGGUGGUGUGUAUGCAUUAAUCACUGCCCACGUAGCAACCAUUAUAAUGAACUGGUCGCAAAUGGAAUUUGCCGUGCUACAGCUAUUAGUGUUCCUCGUUAUCACAAGUGUUGACAUCGGCCAAGCCGUAUACAAUCGUUAUGUUCUUGUUACCCAUGACCAAAUCGGCUAUGUGGCCCAUUUGGCUGGUGCUAUAGCAGGUCUUCUAGUAGGUAUAAACAUCCUUCGAAAUCUCGAGGUACAAACUUGGGAAAAAGUUAUUUGGUGGGCCAGCAUAGUUACUUUCACGGGUCUCAUGACUGCAGCUAUUUUAUGGAAUAUAUUGUAUCCCUCGUAUUACGACUGAUGAUAUUUAUAUCGGUAUUUAUCUUAUUCGAAUUAUUUAACGACACACAAACACACAUAUUGAUAGAGAGAGAGACAAAUAUUAUUACUGAAAGAAAAAUAACUUGCCUUAAAAUUGUAAGUAUAUGCAUAAAUGUGCUACAUAUUUUUAUAUGUUAGUUGAUAUACAAGAUUAUAUUCGUUAUGUCAUUUUAUAGUAUAAAGUAAUAGAUUUUUAAUAUCGAGCAAAAUAGCUUACUUUCGUAUAAACUUUAUCGCGAAAA